AUGGCAUUCGAUCGUUACGUUGCCAUUUGUAAGCCUCUAAGAUACAGCAUCAUCCUCAAUAACACACGAAUAGCUAAGCUAGGGUUCGUGGUUUUGAUAAGAGCUGUUCUCUUCAUUCUUCCCCUGGUCCUGCUCCUGAGCCGGCAGCCAUUCUGUGCGAAUCACAUUAUCCCCCACACUCAAUGCGAGUACAGUUCUGUGGUGAAGAUGUCGUGUGGGGACAUUACGGUGAACAGGAUAUACAGCUUGGUGCUAUUCUUUGUAGUCAACAUUUCAGACCUGACGCUCAUUGCCCUGUCCUAUGGUCUGAUCAUCAAGGCUGUUCUCAGACUCUCCUCCAAGAAAGCCAAUCAGAAAGCCCUCAACACCUGCACAGCCCACAUCUGUGUGAUGCUGACGUAUUAUACUCCCAGCCGCUUUUCCAACCUGACAAACCGGUUCGGUCAGGGCAUCGCUCCCCACAUUCACAUCAUCUUGGCUGACCUCUAUCUCCUCAUCCCGCCCAUGCUCAACCCAAUUAUUUAUGGGGUCAAAUCCAAAGAGCUUCGUGAGAAAGUGGGCAAAUACAUCUGCAGAAAGUGA